CGGGGCAAACAGCAAGCCCUGUUUUGAGCAACAAGGACUCUUCCUGCUUUGUCUGUUUCAAAUCACGUUAGUGUGUAGUGCCGGAGUCGGAGAUGGAAAAGUAACUAAAUUUUAGUAGGCCGUGGUGUUAGUGACGACCACUUGUUCCGGCUCGUGAGUUUUUGUCCUAUCCCUGAAGCGUUAGCACCACUUUCACCGGUAAUACUUCGCUUCCGGCUUGCCAUGAACUCGUGACGAGCCUUUCCGUACGAGUCAUUUCGACGACGGAGAACAGAAAUCUUCCGCUGAAAGAUUCUUGCUUCAUAGCUGGUGCUGGUCGAUCAGUACGUAGCCAAUGUCCGACGUCAAUGGAACUCGUGGCCGCGACGAGGAGAACGAUGAGGCUACGUGAGGAAUAACUCUGGCCGCGGACAGAAUCCAGCUCAGUCCAGCGCUUCCGUCACUCAAAAAGUCGGUGGCGCAUCGUUCGUCCAGCCGCGAUGCCGGGCCGUUCUCUGCGUCGUACGAAGGCCGUGGAGCCAGUGGAGGGAGAUGGUUCACCGACACCUCCAUCAGCUUUCACCAAGGUAGCGAAGAAAAGCCGACAGACUGUACCAGCCUCUUCACGCAGUGUCUUCUCACAGAAAUCUCCCAACCGGGACACAGUCGUAGAAGAUCUCAGUGACGAAGAGGAGGACGAGACCACCAGAGUGGGCGCAACCACCAGGGAUGGCACACCACCCAGAGCAGCUGUGUGCGACGGCGGUAAAGCAAUGGUGACCUCGACCGCCUCGGACAGUACAGUUAGCUCGAUGCACGUCGUCCCAUCGAGCUUCAAUCUUCUCGGCGACGUCGAUACGUCCUCGUUUGAUCAUGUAGCACUGGCGACAAGUACUCAGACCAUUUGGGAGAUGGUUCCCAACGAGAAUGUGCCACGCAUGCCUGAUUGCCGCAAGCCAGAACAUACCACUGCACAAGCACCAGGCGGCUCUCAUAGUGCACGACAGAACCAAGGCAAGUCCGACGAGAGGCGCCCGCCUGCCGACGAGACUGGCUUCCGACCCAUCUCUCCGUUGAAGAGCGAGCCAAGCUUACUACAGCAAUCCUCUGCUAGUGGCGUGACUCGCCCUCAGGGUACCUGUGCCUUCGCUCUCCCGUCGGUUGCCAUCACUGGCAACACCGUGGGUGAGAGCACGACGGACUCUGCUGGCGAUAGGCACACACCGGCAUUGGAUUAUCUAGCUAUAGGUAAUGGUGGUGGAGGGCAGGGAGAUGACAUCACGCUGGUUGAGACUGGCUCCAUGUAUAUACCGCACUCUCGGCGUGGCUCCUACUCUGGUGAAACCGAGGUGUUGCCUAGCCGUAGAACGUCGGGUGAUAAGUCUAUGCACAUUCAUCAGCAGUCUCAGGACAACGGCUCAUGUCAAAACUCACUUGGCAUUAAUAACUUGCGGGACAGCAAGACGUCAUCGAUUGGCGCCAAUUUUGACCUCCAUUCAGAGAGCCAAUGCAGCGGGCAUGUGCCAUGCGACGCCGUCUGCCUCCCAAGUCACUCCAGUGACCAGGAUUCAGAUCUUCCACCUUCACCAAAUCUAAACCACCCAUGCCUCAAUCGGCUUCGGAGGCAAGAUGCUGGGGUGGAGGCCGUCUCCUCCACAGAUCGUUUGACAGGCAACCAGCGCCCUCAAUCAGCAGGCAAAAGCAAGAAGAAAUCCGGCACGUCGAACCGCUGGGCGUGGCUAGUGUGCGCCGCUUGCUUUGUGAUCUAUUGUGUGGCACACGGCACUCGUUUCGCCUCCGGUCUCGUCUACAGUGAGCUCAUCAAGCCCCCGUGUACUGGUAAUGAAACUGACCCAUCCAUGUGCGGCGGCUUCGGUGCUUCAGCUUCUGCCACAGCAUGGAUCUUCAGUCUCUACAGUGGUAUAAUCCAGGGCCUGGCACCGCUCAGCAGUCGCUUGAUCCGUAACUAUGGCUGCCAGUUCACCGCCUUCCUGGGCGCAGUGGCGCUCGGUCUUGCGUACUUGACAAGUUCCUAUGUCCCAGCACUCUUCGGUCUGUUCCUCACGUACGGAGUGCUGGGCGGUGUUGGAGCGUGUCUCCUCUACAACGCCUGCAUUUUAAUGAUCGGCAGCUAUUUCAAGAAGAACCGUGCAACAGCCAACGGCAUGGCACUGUCCGGUGCAGGCUUUGGCGGAGUGGUCAUCACGUUUGUGGCGCAGACCGUCCAGUCGCAAUCCGGCUGGCGAUCAUUCUACCGCUACAUGUCCAUCACCACCCUACUGAUGCUGCUUGCCACUAUGGCGCUGAGUCCGGCUAACAGCAAACGUGGUCGCCUGUAUGUGCGUCGGCACAGCACCACCCUAGUGAGAAAUGAAAAGCGUCCGCUUGGCGCUAAGAAGAGCAAAAUACAACUGGGAGGCAUGCUGAGUGGCCGAGUGUCGCCGGACGCUGCCCUGAAGUCUAUCAAGGUCUCCGUUGAAAUGAAGAUCACGGCGAUGCGCAGUCGCAUGCGUCCGCGCUUGUUUGCGCUGAUGAUCAUGGCGUUUCUCUUCUACGACGUCGUCUCCUUCAUACCGUUCUUCCUGAUGCCGGACAUUGAUGGCUUGCAGCCAGUGACGGUAACAUACAUAAUGUGUGCGUCUCUUGGUGUUGGUUCUGUACUCAUGGGAGUUAUCAGCAGUAAGGUCAAACUCAACCCCUGUCUUCUGCAGGCAAUGAGCUUCGGCGCUAUGGGUCUUGUGUGUGUGAUCCCGGUCGCAUCGAGUUCCAGAGACGGCUACUUUGUCUUCUCCGGGAUCUACGGUCUGUUCAAUGGUGCAGCGUGGUCGUUGUUCGUGCCGACAAUGGUGGUAAUCUUGGGCUCGGCUCACAUCCGCCGUUACAUUGGCUUCAUUUUCUUCAUCGGCAUGCUGGGUACAGUGGCCGGACCACCUGCAGCAGGUGCUAUCCUGGACCACACCGAGUCCUACCGGCACGUCUUCCUGCUAACCAUGGCGUUUCUGAUCGCCGGCUCUGGUCUACUGCUGCUGGACUACCUGGGACUGCGCUGGCAAGCGCAGCACGAGCAGAACCUGAUCCACCGCAGUCAGCUAGGCGCCAUGAUGCGAGGCUUGGCUAAGGAGACGACGGACCGCGUGGCCGUGCUGGGCGACUCGCCACCUGUACGCCGCCCCGGCCGCCCACCGAUGCUUCACCGCCAGAGCACACUGAUGCACCUGCAAAACAUCCGGCGUGACGCUAUGCAGCUGCUCGACAUGCCCUUCUUCGACGCCAUGUAUGAUAGCCCAGCGGACGGACCUAUGGAGGAAUUCUCGAUGGAUGCGUUCCGCAGUAGAGGCGAGCGCAAGAGCUUUGGCACUCUCGUCUCGCAGAAAGUGCAAGCGGACUCUGACUGGAACGGGAUGCUGGAUGACGAACCAAACGGCAUAAGUAAUGCAGCCUUCAUGGACGCGGUUUUCACAGACUCGUUGUCUGAUUGAGUGGACUGACAUUCAUCCUUGGUGGCUAUCCGUGUGGCUGAUGGUUUGCUUCGGCUCUAGUGCCUAGUCUAUGUGGAUAGCAGUGGAUAAACAAUCGUCGUGUACAUGCAUGUGUGUAUUGGACUUCUUGCCGUCUAGUGCACAAGCUGUAGUUUGACAUCACUAGCUAGCCUCCGCUCUACGUCAACCAAUUUGGGAAAAGCGCGCGCGCGCGCGCGAGCGUGUGUGUGUGCGCGCGUACGUGCGUGCGUGUGUGUGUGUGUGCGUGUGUGUGCGCGCGUGUGUGUAUGUGUGUGUGUGUGUGUGUGUGUGUGUGUGUGUGUGUGUGUGUGUGUGUGUGUCUAAGGACUGGCUUGGCUUUCCCCACAGCCGUGCAAUGGCAAUCGAACCCAUAGAGACACAUGGAAGCUGUGGACACACUUGCAACAGAUAAAGCUAACAGUGGUUAUCGUUGUGAGCCGUAUGUGCAAUACUCCUCUGCGUGGAUAAUCUGCCGCAGCGAUCGACAGGGCAAAGCGUGCCCUAGGGCUUCGUCACAGCGUAUGAAUCACCAGCACAGUGAUAUGGUUGUUUCAUAGUGGCAACCUCACACUCAGCAUCUCAGGCAUAGUGAAUGUUCGAACGCAGCAUUUUGCUGUACAUGUCACCUAUAAGCAUGUACCCAGUGAUCCUAGCUGUCAUUUUUUGCUGAACCUUUUGACAGCCCUGUCUGUCCGUCAUGAUCUUUCUUUCUUUCUUUGUUUUUGUUUCUCUCUCCAACCUGUUCUUGAAUCUUUUUUAGCUGUGUGCCAUAUGGCCACUUUUUUUCUUCUUCUUUUUUACCAAGACCACUUAAAGACAGUACAACAAGUAGUAUCAAACAUUAAAAUUCCUGAGAAGAAGCACGCCAACAUGAACCGUGCGAGUGGUGGAGAGGGUCUGGACCGCUCCGUCAGCCUAGCCUAUUCACUAUAGAAGCAUGCAUGGUUUGUGUUAUGGUGCACACAAGCCAGACUGGGUGCACGCUGCUAGCUCGCUUUCAACUUUUCCUCGUUGCGAAUUGUAUUCAGAUACAUGAAACUCAUCCUUUUUGGACUUAUGCCAGACAUUUUUUCCAUAUUUGAGUCUGACUAUCCUCUUUUUACCUAGGCUCCCAUUAGUGCUCUUUUUUUUUUUUAACCUUCAUGGCAUGUUUUGUUUUACAUUGCUUGUAGUCAUGUAGUACUUUUUGGUAACCUAGAUACAUACCAGUCGCUGAAGCGAUGAUAGUGGGCAAAGAUAUGUUAGGCGCAGUGCACUGGGAUUACCACGCUGUGCUAUAAGUUUAUAACACUCACUAGUGACAGCUGCAAAGCUUAGCCUGAAUUCAGGGUCAUGUGUUUUAUCCUUGUCACGAUUGCACCAGUUUGAACAUUGCGCUUACACUGUAUUUCUAGCCAGUGAAUCCCUAUUUUUGAAUUUCCCUUUGAUCUCUUUUGUUUUUCUUUUCUGUUAUGACACCUAGACACACCGCAUGGUCCUGCAUACUGUUGUUUUAACCACCCAGCAAGAGAAUGAAAGUGGA